AUGCGCAUUUUGAUUUUUUCGUUGCUGGCGCACGGCCAUGGUUGGUGGGGCAACUCCUCCAGGGUGGAGGAGGGUCCGGCCUUAGGUCCUUGGCGUGCCUGGCUUCACGAGGCCUUCCCGGUGGCGGCGGACCGCUUGACGCAGGCGGAGCAAGGGGCAGAGACUGUCCGGCAGUACUUCGAGGAGACGGAGUACUCGCCUUGGAGCCACGGCAUCUGGUGGGCCAUAGACGCACUGGUCAGCCCAUUAGGCUGGGCCAUCUUCGGCGCUGCCUGCGGCAGGUUGGUUCAGCUGGGAGGGAUCUUGUUUCUAUGCCUGGCUGCCCACUACAUGUGGGCAGUCUGUUAUCCUGUGGUCACCGUCUUCGUUGGCCUCCUCAUGGCGGUCCUAUGGCUGCUACGCCGUGUCUUGAGGACCUUUGGCACCAUCACCUUCUACGUCCAGCAGUGGGUAGGAGGCGCCCCUGAGGUCGAUGACGUGGAGAUGUGGGGCCCUGCUACUGGCUCCCCACCGGAGACCAGCCAUUUGAGACAGUUCAAGCCGCCAGGGUCUGGUGAACGUUGGGUGGACCCCGAUGGAAUCCGAGGCGACCCUUCGCUGGUGAGUGAACUUCGACGCACCGAUCGACUCCACUUGUGUCGCCACCUGGCUUGUCCCGAAGAAGGAGGCACCCAUGUCCAGGAAUAUGGAGUGGUAAAGGCUUUCAACCCUGAGCGCUUUCAGUAUGUGCUCGUGCCACAAGUGCUCAGAUAUGGUCUUGGAUUCGAGGCUCUGGAGCGGAGGUUCAACGGCUGGCCCAACGUGCUCGCGAGUAUGCUUCGGAGUCCGAGGAGCUGGGCUGAGUUCAAGAUGCUUCUCAGGGAGGACUACCCGAAGGGCAUUACCAAGGAGCCGGAGGACCAGAUCGAGAACGAGGAGGAGGCAGAGCAUUAUGAACCGGGCCGGAGGCUGAGGAUUGGGACGCUCAACUCACCGGGUGGGGAGGAAGAGCCAACCGCGCUUCAGGACUUCGUGGAGAAGCUCGCCGACGGCAAGAGUAUGGGCAUGAACGAGAAGCAGGUCCGGGACUACCUCGCCAACAAGCACGUCAUGACCACGGAGGACAUGCUGCGGAGGUUGAUUUCGGAGGCGGAGGUCGAGCAGGCCAGAGGACAGCGGGGACUCACCAAGUUCUUGGUCCGUUGGCGAGAUGAGCUACGGGCGUGUGAACGGCUUCACAGUCGGGGGGAGUCGGAUUGGAGCGUCAUCUCGAGGCAACCUACCCCCGGAACCAGUCCUGAGACUUUGAGUUCAAGCGUGAUGGAGAGACCGCCAGGUUUGACGGAGGCACCGCCAAAAGUUGAAGCACAACCAGGUGUGGGCUUGAAGAUUGCGGCCCCGUCCGUCUACAGGAGCGACCGGAAGGCGGGAGCCGGGGAGGCCGAGAGGGUCGAGCCCAUGGCAAAGAUUGCCCAAGCCAUCCAGCGCCAGACUACGAAGCUCGCAACGCUGGUUCGCAACCAGGCCGACACCACAUCACACCCCAGCGGCAGUCUCAAAGGUUUGGGACGGGCGGCGGAGGAGGUCGUGUACGUGUUGAGGGCGUGUGGACAAUAUCAGGUAGGCCUGGGAGCAGGUGAACAUGGGCAAGCUUUGGCUAACGCACUGUUAGCAGCUCAAGUGGGGGCUUCUUCAAAGCUCCGAGCUUCCGGUUUCCGCCAAAAGAUGACACAACGCCUAGCAGUAGGCCUGGCGGGUGGCUUCUGGGGCACGCGUGAACGACAUUGCUUGGGCGCGGCGGAGUUCAUCACCUACACCGAUGCCGAGCUCGAUGCCUUCAGCAGUGAGGCCAGAAAUAGCAAAGGGGGAGGCGAUCAACGACCAGCUCAGCCCCAACGGCUUGAUGAGUGGUUGGUGAGGGUCAAACGACAGACGGAUGUCUGGUGCCUGAUCUAUGGGGCCGAGUGGAGGCUCAUUGAGGAGGUGAAGGAGAUCGUCCGCCUCCUCAAGAAGGACACCAAUCGGGAAACCCUCACCCUGGCAGAGAUCAAGUUCUAUGCCCUUCUUCCAGGACCUGACGGGGAAGCGUGGCUGAAGAUGCCCACCAGCUUCGACAUCGAGCUCCCGGGGGGUUGGUUUCAGGAGGAGGAGGUGACGCGUGCCAAGGAGAGAGCUCUCCUGGACCGCAAUGGGACUUUGCUUUGUUGGGGCAACCUCUGCCGCAUUGGGUGCGACACCACGGGCUGCCAGCGAUCCCACGGCUCCCUCAAAGGACCCUUUGAAGCCCUAGACCCAGCAGUUCAGAUGCAGCUUCUUCGGCGGGGAGGACUCAAGAGGAUGAAGGCGGAGACCAAGGACACCGUGACCCAGAAGAUCAAGGACCUGCGUGCCUUUGUCGCCACGGAGAAGGCCGAGAAGAUUGGGGAUGUCAAGAAGAACAAAGGCGGAAGAGCUGGGGCAGAGACCGCGGAGCCGCAGGAUCAAGGUGAGAGCGGGAAGGCCGGAGGACACCAGGAAGCUCGGGACCCUCCGCGCAAGGUCCAGUUUUGGGAGGCGCCGGAGGAGUUCAGGGUUGACUACACGGAGGCCGAGGACGUCAAGGAGUUCGUCGUGGGACCUGACACCACUUGGGCCGAUGACGUCUUCAAGCCCGACUACACCCGCCAAGGACCACCGGACGAGCCUGAUGCCUUCUAUGUUCACAAGACUCGGGCGGGGGCCUAUGCCGCGGACUUCGUCUCCACGGUGGUCGCGGUGCUUCAGGAGGGUGGCUUUGGUGGGACGCGAGAGGACUGGGUGAAGGUCGUCCAACUCGGCAACGAUUUGUUGAGCAAAGCGCAAGGAGUAGAGGGUGCAGCCUGCAGUCUUUGGGAGGUCCGGGAGGAGGCGGGCCAGGGGUUGGAUAGCCGGGAACUUGACGGAAGACUUCAUCCAGACUUGCUGGACUACGCUCGAGAUGUUCGACGACGGGGCAUGGCUGCGCGCUAUGUUGGCCCACGGCAUCGAGUCCCUUCUCGUCUCCACCCUAAUGCCCGACGGAAUGUGGCUCAGGUGUUCAAGCAGAUUGGGAAGGAUGUGGCCAAGCACCGGGUGCUGGUUGUGAGCUCGGACCACGAUUGCUUAAAGAGUGCCAUCUCUUCACCGUUCGAGGCCGUGGACAAAAUGUGCCCUGACCAUUCCAUUAGUGAAGAGAAGAGAAUUGUCCACGAUCAGCGGGGAGUGAACCAAGGCACCACCAAGUUCUUGCACCCCCCAGCCAUCCAGCCGGCGCACGUGCAAAUUGCACGAAGGAUUCUGUGGCGCAAGAUCAGAUGCCCAAACCUCCCUGUGGUGAUGAGCAAGAAGGACAUCGCUGGGGCUUUCAGGUUGUUGUGGGUGGCGCCUGGGGACGUGGAGCUCUUCGGCGGGGACAUUCCAUGGGAGGGCGACGAGUUGCAGGAGGGUUUGCCGGCGGAGGGCGAGGAGCAGUGUGCUUGCAUCCUUGUGGAACCCUAUGUCGGCUUGCGGCCCUGGGUGAGCGCGGAGGUCUUUGAGCACGGGGUUCGGACCAUGUUGUGCCACGCGGCGAUCAACGUCGAGAAGGACCGCAUCGAGGGCGCGUUCAGGACUUCGCAGACGGUGUGGGGGCUGGUCAUGGACACGGAGACGAAAAGGGUCCACCUCCCGGAGAAGCGCAUUCAGAAAGGAGCGGACCUUUUGGCUGAUGGUGCCUUCGAUUACACUCCAGUUGAAGCAGCUACAGAGGUUCAGGGGGAUCAUGACGGGCUGGGCGUCAGGUACAACCUCGUCUACGUGGUGAAGGCAGCCGUGUGCCGUUGGCUGAGCAGCAACUCGGAGCAGUGGGAGGAGCUCUUCAGUUCUGACCUCAGGACCAUGCUUCCUCCUAUGGAGCGGGUGGGCUUGCCUGGGGAGAGUUGCUUGGAGGAGAAUGGCGAGGGCUUGGUCAUCCAUGCGGGGGAAAUGUUGUCCUUCAUUGCGUUCGCAUGUGAAGUUGGGGCCCAGUGGGUGGGAGCUGUGGUGCUCUAUGCUGGGGACAACGUGAUUGUGAAGCACUGGCUCCAGAGCAGGCAGAGUGGAGUGCGAGCGGGACGACUGUUGGUGAGGCUCGCCAAUUUGGUUGAGAUGAGGCACAAUUGCACCAUCAUCGCGGGCUGGUGGAGGACCUACCGCAACGUCGACUCCGACUUCAUCACGCGGUGCACGGACGAGGAGUUCCGGGAGUAUGUCGCGGAGAAGCAGCUGAAGGUCGUGGAUGUCGGAGAGGCCGUUCGACAAGCCUUGGAGGACUCGGAGCGUUUUGGCCCGUGCUUCCUCUCGUGGGCCUCUGAGGUGGAUCGGAAAAGCAUGAUGCAGCUGAAAGAGAAACGGAUGUUCCGACAGCUUCAGAAGGAGGUCCGGAUUCCAUGGGCGUGCUACGAGGUGGAGGAGUGGCAUCAUGGGCUGCGCAAGGCGAAGGACUUUGAGCUGGUCAGCCAGGAGCUUGGGGCGCAGCGGUUUCAGGAAGGGAGUCGCCAGUUGCGGCUCUUGUGCGCCAGCAUUGGCCCUGACCCACAUGGCAAACGUGUGGAAGCCUUCCUCAAUGCUGCAAACCGAGCGGAAGCACCGGUCGCCUUAAUGAAGGCACGCUGCUUGGGAGAAGGGUGA